AUGUCUGCUCACAAUGGACUUCUACAGACACCAGACAACUCAGAGCGUAUCGUUCCUCGUAUCGUCCUGUCACACCAACAGUACUUUCAUUACGCAAAUCUGACGGUGACUUGUGGAGGAUUCUUCAACAACAUGACCAAGUGGAGGGUGGGACGAUACAAGUGUGGCACGUCUGGUUCUAAAGAGUUCUCUGAGGAAAAUCUGCUGCAAGUUAAAGCUGUGGUCCUGGAGUGUCCAGAUGAGCCUGUGAAGGAAGGAGAGAGCGUGACCCUCUCAUGUAGAGACAAGAUGGCCGCUUCAAAUGUGACAUAUUUAUUCUACAAAGACGACAAAGAGAGGGCAGGAAGUUCCACUGGAGAGUUGACGCUGAUGGAAGUGUCCAAGACAGAUGAAGGAGUUUACAAAUGUAAAAGCUCUGAGCUCAGAGAGUCAGAGGCUCAGUGGCUGGCUGUGGCAGUCGUGGAUUCUCAACGAACGAUGAGUCUCUAUUCUCAGAUCAGCAACAACAACUUUGAUGCUCAAGACAUAAAUGAGAAGCAGAGCCCUUGA